AUGGCAACUUUAAUUCAACCUCCUUAUAGAAUUAAACCAAAAGGAAAGCAUUAUUAUGCCAUUGGAAAAUUAGAAAAAAUAUUGUUUGAGAUUGAUAUGAAGUAUGUUCCAAUCAAACUCAUAGGCAGAGGAGGAUAUGGUGUGGUAUGUUCAUCCAUUAAUAAGGACACCAAUGAGAAAGUUGCAAUUAAGAAAAUUUGCAAUGUAUUUGAUAAUUGUGGUGAUUCAAUUGGAACUUUAAGAGAGAUGAAGAUACUUAGAUAUAUUCAACAUGAAAAUGUGAUCACCUUAAAAGAUAUUAUGAUGCCACCCACAUUUCAAAGAACAAGUUUUAAAGAUGUCUAUUUAGUUUAUGAACUAAUGGAUACUGAUCUUCAUCAAAUUAUCAAGUCAUCUCAAAUACUUUCUAAUGAUCAUUGCAAAUAUUUUUUAUUUCAGCUACUUCAAGGUCUUAAUUAUCUUCACUCUGCAAAUAUUCUUCAUCGAGACUUGAAACCCAAAAAUCUACUUGUCAAUAAAAAUUUUGAUUUGAAGAUAUGUGACUUUGGAUUUGCUCGGACCAAUGGAGUUGGUGAUGAGUCAAUGACAGAUUAUGUGGUCACACGAUGGUAUCGUGCUCCAGAGCUUUUACUAAGCAGUAACAAUUAUGGAGCCUCAAUUGAUAUGUGGUCUGUAGGAUGUAUUUUUGCUGAAAUUCUUGGUAGAAAGCCAAUUUUUCAAGGAACCGACAUCUUAAACCAACUUAAACUAAUUGUAAGCAUUCUUGGGAGUCCAAGUGAAUAUGAUCUCGAGUUUAUUGAAAAUCCAAAAGCUAUGAUUUUUAUCAAAUCACUUCCAUUUACAAAGGGAACACACUUCUCUCAGCUAUUCCCACAAGCAGAUUCGUUAGCCAUAGAUUUGUUGCAAAAUAUGCUCACGUUUGAUCCAACAAAAAGAAUAACUGUAUCAGAAGCACUCCAACAUCCAUAUAUGGCUGGUCUUUAUGAUCCAAGGUGUAACCUUCCUGCUCGAGCUCCUAUCAAUCUUGACAUAAAUGAAAAUUGGGACGAGGAUAGGAUUAGAGAAAUGAUGUGGAAUGAGAUGCUACAUUAUCAUCCAGAAGCUGCUUUAGCUAAUGUUUAG